AUGAGUAUUGUUAUCACUGUGUACGAUUUGGCUUUUAUCUAUGCUCAUCUUGCGGACCACUGCCAACUGCCGUUUAUAACAAGUGAGAAGGACGAGCACGAUAGAGCUCUUUUGAGCAGUGAAUAUCGGAGCCUGUUUGUGUCCAUGUCUCUGGGCAUCAUUGUUUGUCGGAAACAGCUUUUCGGCUCUUUAGGGUUAUAUAAUGUCGUACCCCGAAACUUGAGCGGUGGUUGGGAGCCUCAAGUCAGACUCUUCGAAGGCCAAAUGUGUGUGUGUGAGCUCAUGAGCAAAAACGAUGACCUACCGUGGUAUCGCCUUGUCUUCGAGUGGAAAGAUCACGAAGGAGUGGUAACAUCCUCGGAGGCUCGGUUUUUCUGUCAGACCAUUAUCAUGAAAGGCACGCAACACCUGGUCGAAACUGUGUAUAACAACGGGGAAUAUUACGAAAUUCUGAUGGAGUGCUCAAAUGGCAAUAUGGUUACGUUGGAACUGCGAAUAUCGGAUCCCAGAGAAGAUCAGAAAUUUCGGGAUCUUUUAUUCCGAAUACGGGAGGAAUAUGAGAUGAUAGACGAAAUGAUGCAGUAG